AUGGCAUCGCACAAUGAGAACGAUUCGGUUCCUGAAAUGAUUGAUCAUCGACAUUUGCAAAUGUGGAAGUGAGUUUUGAUCUAGGCCCCACGAACAAUUAAAUUUCUUUUUUUCAGAUGGCUCCAUGGCCGCCAAAACUUUCGAGCUUCGGUCGUCGAAAACUCGCUGGAAUCUUCAACAAGUCUUUCGACAAGUUUCGAUUUCAGGUAAGUCGCAUUUUCCAAUUGAAUUCAAUUAGCAAUUUGAAAGAAAAAGAAAAUGAAAAGUGAAACCUGUUUUGGUCGCCGCGCAAAGAUUUCUGGGAUUCUUGUUUUAUCGAUUUUAUUAGUGAUGAAAACAAAAAGUUUUGCGGUUUUUUCUUGGAAAAACAGUGAUUUUUAAAGCGUUUUUCUUGUUUUUGAGUGUUUGAUCUGAUAAUUUUGGGUGUUCUGAUAAUUUUUAAUGACGUGUGUUACAUAUGUGUUCUUGCCAAAUUUUAGAAUAGCUAGACUCCAGGAUGUCUGCGUCUCUAACCUUUAAUCUAGUGAUCUUCUUGUGUCUGCGUCCCUAUUACUCUCUAGCUUCUCUAGCUUUAGCUGCAUGUCUGUCUAACAAUCCUCUGUGUUUCCACUGCGUCUCUGAUCUCUAUUUCUUUAUCUCUCUCCCUCUCAAUUAUCCAUUUCUCUACCCUGCUCGUCUAGCGUCUCUGCUUGUCUGCUGCUACCCCCUCACUCUCUGCAUCUCUCGUUUUCCCGCAUGUUCCUCUCCGUCUCUACCUUUCUCUCGCCGUCUAACCCUCUCUCCUUUGCAGAUGAGUGUUCUCGGCUUCAUUCUCCUCUGUCAAUACAGUGGCAACCUGCUAGUUCAGCUAACCUUCUACAUUCUUCGCGAAUACGUCAUUGAGCAUUUCGACAGAGAGCCGCCAAAAAUAUUCAAUUGAAAUUUGAAAUUUUUUAAAUAAAAUUCAAAAUUCUUGUCAUAUCAAAAUGUCAUUCCAUUCCAAAAGAAAAUAUAAUAAAUGAUUAUUUAUUUGAGUCAUUGCCAAAAAAUUUUGAAAAUUCUCAAAUUCAAAAUUUUCGGGCCGAAAUAUAUUAAAGGUGCAUACAGUAAUUUUUGAAUUGUGAGGAAAUUUUCUGGGGAAAAAAUUUGAAAUUUAUUUUUGACACCAAAAGUUCCGAAUUCAAAUUUCAAGUUUUGAAAUUAUUAAUGACGUCAUCAAAAACAUUCCAAUACAAAAUAAUAAACGAUUAUUUAUUUUUUGAGUCAUUGCCAAAAAAUUUUUGUCUAUUUCCAGUGAAACAUUUCUUCUCUCUUUAGCCAACAAAAAAACCGAAACCAAUAUUUUUUGAGGAACACACACACACACACACAAAGUUGUUUCCAUUCGUUCGAAACCCGAUUUCUUCUUGUCUGCCUCUCUCAUUUCUCCGCACUCUCUCGAUUUUUGUUCUGAAGAAUGUUUGGAAUUUUGAAAAUGUCUAUCACUCUCCUCUAUUUCUCCACCCUCACUUUUUUCUUCUUUUUUUUUCAUUAUUAUUAUUAUUAGAGUUGAGGAAAGUUGUGAUUUUUCUGAAAAAAUGUUGAACUACUGUAAUAUGCUAACUAUUCCGGCGACGAUUUGUGAGAAGUAAGCGGGGAUUUUUGUUCCUGAAAAAAAAUUGUGACGUAAAAUAGCAUUUAGCAAAAGUCCAGGGUCAUUUCAAAAAUGUCCAAUUUCUAGCUGAUUUUUUCCAAAGCCUGAAAAUUAAGGUUAAAGAGAGUUUCGAGAAUUUGGAAUAUUUUUUUUUGGAAUUUUUCGAAAAUGUUCAUUCUCUGAAUUUUUUUCGAGAAAAAAAAGUUCUCAAAUUACAGAAGUUUUUCUGUCGGGAAAAAAAAACUUCUACACUUUGGACCUUCAGAAUUUUUCAAAACUCAUAGAAUUUCAGAUUCAGGAGCUCUGAAACGAAAAAAUUAAUUUUUGAAAUCUUAAAAACCUAUCAAAUCCACGUGGCAUUCGAAACUUUAGUUUGAAAAGAAGAAUUUCCACGUAACUUCUCCCUUCUACAGUACUCCCCGCCCCCAUUCUUUUCAUCUCCAAAAAUUAUCAAAACCGCACGCACAACAAAAAUGUGGGUCUAUAAAAAACCGUUUCGCCAAAAAAUUUUCCAGAAAAAUUCCAGUUAUCUCUCUAUCUAUCUAAAACAAAACAUUAUUAUUGGUGAUAUCUAAUCAAUCCAAUUUGGAAAUAUCUUCUUCUUUUUCUUCUUUCCUCUGUGUUUUCAUCAAAUAUUUACCGUCUCGUCGUCUCGCUGCACUCUCUUAAUUCUAUGUACUCUCUAACCCUCGGUGAUCGUAAGAGUGCGCGGAAAAACCGACACAGUCUAUGUCGACAAACACACACAUCUCUUGUUCGAUUUUUCGAAUUUUCCAAAUUUUUUCCAUGUUUUCUUCUGAUUACAUACACUUUUUUGUUGAUUUGAUAAUAAGAAUACGUGUUUUUCUGUAGGAGGAUUUAUUUUUAUGAGACUUUUACAGUAUAAAAACAUGUUUUUCUGAAAUUGCUAUGUUUCAAAAAACCCAUGAGAUUUAGAAAAAAUCAAUUUCAAUUUUUAAAUUUUGAGAAUGGCCCGUUUUUUUUUAAAUCACAAUCUAAAUUGAAUCUUUCUGGGUUCAGAUUAGAAUUAAGACUUUUUUACUGGUCCAAUUCAAUUAAGACUUUAAGAGUCCUAAUUUCACCCAAAGUUUAAGUGCUAAAUUUAAUUCAUAACCUGAAAGACCCAACCAUUUUCUCCAGGGAAAUUGUUUUUUUUUCAAAAAUUAUUCAAAUUCAAAUUCAAAUGCAACAAACCGUGCGAACCUUUUUUCAUAUUUUAAUUUCCUGUUUCGUAUACGAAAUUGAUUUCAAAACGAGAAAAAAAUUUCAAAUUCAAAAAAUCGCGCCAUUCUCUCUCACUCUCACAUUUUUUAAGAUGAUUAAAAACAACUUAAAAAUUUUUGUUUUUGCUUUCGAUUAUGAUAAAAAAAUUCCUCCCUCCACCCUUUUUCCUCUUUUUUUUUUGUUGAUUUUGAAUACAAAAAAAUUAUUCAUGUCAAUUUUUCCGAACUUCUAUAAAAAUAUACAUGGACACUUUCGAAAUGUAUCCUUUAGGCAAUUCAAAAAACCCCAGUCAACCCUAUAAUUUUGUUCGGGUACCUACACACAAAUUUAAUUGAGACCUCUACAUGUUCAUGUUCAUUUUUGCAGUGUCGAUAUGUCGGAUUCGUCGAGUUCUCGAAUUUUGGCGCCGUCGCCAAUGUCGAGUUUCGUCGUCACGCCGUCAACUUCGUUUGCCACGUCAGCGUCGACUUAUCAGGGUUGGUUUGGGGGCGCUUGUGUAAACCGCAGGCUUGGAGCGAGCUCCUGAGAAUCAUUUUAUCAAGCAUCCAACCCUUGGCGUCUUCUAUAUGCCUCGAGCCCUUGAGACACAUAUUCAGUGAAAUCAAUUUUCCAAUAUUUUCAAAUUUUGCCACGUCAUAACUCGUAGUACGAAUAUUAGAAUCGCGAUCAGCAAAACUACUGGAAAAUAUAAUUUAUCAAAAAUCGUUGUCUCAUUUCCAGACAUCUACACAUCUCUAACAAUGUCCUCAACACCUUCACCAUUCCAUCAACUUCACACAGCUCCACCUCCUCCACCAUAUCAUUCAGCUCAUCAACUUCUCCUGCUCCAUAAUAUGGCAGCUCAUCUCUCCUCUCAACAAGCCGUCGAAGAUGUUGAUAUAGAUGUUGUUGGUCUAACAGAUACCACCAAAGAAGUCUCAUUGAAUGAUAAAGAAGAUGUUUCGAGUGAAGAAGGUGAUCGUGAUCGGCCAUUGGAUUUAUCGUGCAAAACUUCUCCCCAACAUCAACAACUUCAACAAAGACCAAGUGUGAUAAUUGACACGACGUGUUGUAGUCCAUCAACAUCUUCGAAACAUGUCUCGGUUCGUCGAUCAAUGUCUUCAGUGUCGUCUUCGUCGUCUUCAGCGCGGAGCACUGCGCAAGAUGAUGUUGCAGCACAUUUUAAGCGCAGUUUGUCGGGUAAAUGGCCGAAACGGAAUCCUUGCGAUGGAGCGAGAAGUUCGCCGAUCGUUCGACGAAGGACUUUUAACACUUCGACGACUUCGAUGGUGCAACCAGCUCCUCAAACUAUUAUUAAUCAUCAUUGCUCAGGUUAGAAACGGGAGGGCGGGAAUUUAUCAUGAGAAAUAAAAACAAAAAUAUUAUUGUCGAAAAAAAUUGUGUGCUUGCUUCUCAAAAUUCCGUGGGAAAGAGUAAAACUUACAUAAACUUGACCGAAAAAUUUUUAAUGAAAAAAAAUAAUUUUUAAAAAUGUGUGCCGCAGUUGCAGAAAUUGUGUGCGCGCUUUGCAAAAUUCAAAUUUUUUCUUUUUUUCGCUGGGAAUUGGUUGCUGAAAACUGGUUUUCAAUGUUUUUUUGAGGAAAAUGAGCUAAAAUUAAGAAACCUUCGAAAAAUUAUGUGCCGCGGUUGCAGAAUUCAAAUUUUUGUUUUUUUUUUUCGCUGUUAAAAGUAAUUUUCAAAGUUUUAGAGUGGAAAACGAGCAAACCUCCAGGAAACCUAAAAGUAUUCCAUGAAAAAUUCAAAAUCAAUUUUGCAGACACCUCAACAUCCGUAGCUGAUCAUUUCCGUCGCGCGCUCUCCGGAAAACUCAGCUUCAAAUAA